CGAUUGUUUAUAUCAGUGGUCAGCCAUUUUGUUGACAGAAAGAAAGGUACCAUUUACGUCUGAGUUUAAUUUAUCUGGAUCUUCUGCAAAAAUGAAGUGGGAGUAUAAAGAAGAACAUUCCUUUGAAAAAAGAAGGGCGGAGGGAGAAAAAAUCAGAAAGAAGUACCCCGACAGAGUCCCUGUCAUUGUAGAAAAGGCACCAAAGGCUCGCGUUGGAGAUUUGGACAAGAAGAAAUAUUUAGUUCCUUCAGAUUUAACUGUUGGACAAUUUUAUUUCUUGAUCAGAAAAAGAAUUCACUUGAGACCAGAGGAUGCUUUGUUUUUCUUCGUCAAUAAUGUUAUUCCACCUACCAGUGCCACAAUGGGAUCCCUAUAUCAAGAGCAUCAUGAGGAGGACUUCUUUCUGUAUAUCGCCUACAGUGAUGAAAGUGUGUACGGUGCAUAAAUAUCUUCUGUGAUUGGAUUGCGAAUUGGACUAUGGAACGGAUCAUUAAACUAUGAAAACAACAUGAAAUAUUUUGCAAUGUCUUAUUUGGCAUCAUUUGUCGAGAUAAUUACAGCAUGUCACUUGUUGUUUGCUUUUAUUUGUACAUUGUAUUAAAAUAUUAUAAGGUAAAUUUAUUGUGACACCAACAGGUGAAAGAUUUAUUGUGAUUAUAGAUAGCAACUUUAAGCUGAUUGUUGAUACAGCAAAAAAAAAAGAUAAAAAGAAAAAUAAACCCAAAAAUAAAAUUUGAAUUUUUAUUUAUAGUUAUAUAGAUCCUCUGAUCUAGAUUUUUGAGCAUUCUACUCCUAACUUUUGGGAAACAAUUUUUCUAUCUUUAAUCUGGUGUAUGUUUACAUGUUCAUUUAUGUUGAAUAAUCUUUAUCAUGUAAAUGGUUAUUAAUAAACUUUUUUAAAAAAAAUACAUAAAA